AUGAAAGCUAUUUCAUCUCAGCUUCAAGAUGAAAAGUCCAAGGUGGAGGCCGUUUCAUCUCAACUCAAAGAUGAAAAGGCCAAAGUGGCUGAACUUCAAAAAUACAUUGAAAAGAAUGAGACAGUCGUCACAAGAGCUCACGAGACCCACAUGUCGUCACUGUCCAAGAGCGUCUCAAGACCAUUUACCGACGACAUGAUAAAAGACGAACUGAAGUGCUUCUAUGAGAAUUAUCUUCUCCCAUGGUGCGGAGACUUGGGCUCUAUGGAAGUUGACGAACCAGAAAAGGCAAAAGAGAAGCUACAAUCGAUAGGCAUCAUUAAUAACUGCAAAAGUUAUAUGAACGAACCGGCCAACUUACAGUUUUCCAUGGACUUACCUGAUGGGAAGAGCCCGAUGGUUCUUCUCCAAGCCGUUCUUUCGCAAACUCUUUGCGACACUUUUCUGCGAGAUGCUUAUUUUCUGGCAGAUGGGAUGGAGACGUCCAAAGUGCUAGGUCAGGAUCAUGCAGAUAGCCGCCGUUGGCUCAAGGAGGUUGAAGAUAUGCUCUGCAAAGUUGACAAGAAUUCCGGCGUCGACUGGCGCAUCCAAACCGUCCAAUCCUUAGAAAAAGCCACACCAUUCAAUCUACAUCUCGUACAAAACAAAGCGAAAAACUUCGUCCAAGACUUCCACUUCCUCCUCAAAGAAGUAGACGACCAAGCCCUUAAAGACCUAUCCCAGCUCUUCCUCGACUUUGGCAACCUGGCGCUCAAGUUCUGGAAAAUGCGCACCGUCAUCAAAACACACGGCUUAUCGAGAUUCGCGGAGCAGAGGUUUGACGCUGAAUCUUCUUUUAUCGAGGCUGACGUUGUCGGCUCGCCUGAUGCACGGAAGCGUCGGCAGGGGCGGUAUGUUGGAGUUGUGGUGAGGCCACUUAUUGUCUCGGAGCCUCUUGGACAGGAUGGCGGAGUGAGUGAAGAGGUUGUGUGGCUUAAAGCUGCGGGCUGGGUGUCUGACUCUGAGGGCUUAGUUGAUACUCCAGCGCAAAAUGUGAUUGAUGAUGGUGAUGAUGAUGAAAGUGAUGAGGAUGAAGGUGAUGAGGAUGGCGAUAGUGGUGAUGAUGAUGAUGUGAUGAGGAUGAUGACAAUGAUGAUGACAAUGACAUUGUAG